GGUGAGUUUACAAUUUUAAUCUCUGAAAUAUAGCAUUUAUAAAAAGGGAUAUAAAUGGUAUCAGAAUGUGAGCUUUUUCCAAUGUGACUUUUUCCUUCAGAGCUGAGUGGUCCCACAUCAACAUCAAUACAGUCGGAUCUACUCUAAAUCUCCGCAGCCACACAGUUUCAUUGCAGAAUGGAACUUCCUCUCCUCAUUGUUGCUCUGUUUCUCUCCACUGCCCCAGUUUCCAGAGCUGAAGAGGAUUUGUUUGUGCUUAAUGGAGACUCUGUUCGUCUGGAUGUGAAGAGACAUGAAGAACUACAGUUUAGCAGCAUAUCAUGGAGAUUUAAUAUCACAAGAAUGAUAGUGAAUUACAUUCGGGAACCUCAAUUAAUAGACAGAUAUGAAAACAGUAUUAUAUCAGAAUUUGAUAAAACAAGCUUCUCUCUGCUACUGAAGAAUGUGACGCAGAAUUACAGUGGGAUCUACACAGCAAUGAUAACAGAUGGUGGAGGACAGGAGAAAGCUGUUGCUACCUACCGGCUCACAGUUCAAGUUUCCAGAGCUGAAGAGGAUUUGUUUGUGCUUAAUGGAGACUCUGUUCGUCUGGAUGUGAAGAGACAUGAAGAACUACAGUUUAGCAGCAUAUCAUGGAGAUUUAAUAUCACAAGAAUGAUAGUGAAUUACAUUCGGGAACCUCAAUUAAUAGACAGAUAUGAAAACAGUAUUAUAUCAGAAUUUGAUAAAACAAGCUUCUCUCUGCUACUGAAGAAUGUGACGCAGAAUUACAGUGGGAUCUACACAGCAAUGAUAACAGAUGGUGGAGGACAGGAGAAAGCUGUUGCUACCUACCGGCUCACAGUUCAAGUUUCCAGAGCUGAAGAGGAUUUGUUUGUGCUUAAUGGAGACUCUGUUCGUCUGGAUGUGAAGAGACAUGAAGAACUACAGUUUAGCAGCAUAUCAUGGAGAUUUAAUAUCACGAGAAUGAUAGUGAAUUACAUUCGGGAACCUCAAUUAAUAGACAGAUAUGAAAACAGUAUUAUAUCAGAAUUUGAUAAAACAAGCUUCUCUCUGCUACUGAAGAAUGUGACGCAGAAUUACAGUGGGAUCUACACAGCAAUGAUAACAGAUGGUGGAGGACAGGAGAAAGCUGUUGCUACCUACCGGCUCACAGUUCAAGGCCAACAGUGUUCUCUAUCAGUGGUGAGGAUUGGAGACAACCUUGAGUCCCAAGAGGAGAAGUCCACUGAUGAGCGGUUUGCUGCUCUCUUCAAAACGGUUGAUUAA